AUGUCGGAGACAUUCUCAUCGGUGCCACAAGUCGAUUACUCCCGACUGAACAACCCUUCCACGAGAGAUGAUGAGUUGAAGAAGCUUCGAGAUGCAAUCUUUGUUGCCGGGUUCUUAUACUUGACAAAUACGGGGUUGGAGGGUCUGAUACGCCACACGCAUGAGGAGAUCCCGCGGCUAUUUGAUUUGUCUGAUGAGGUCAAGGAAAAGUGCAACAUGAUCCACUCGCCAUCCUUUUUGGGAUACACUCGUCUUGGGGCUGAGACCACCGCAGCCAAAACUGAUAUCAGAGAGCAAUAUGACUUUGGAACCCCUGGCAUGAAGGAUUGGACGAAUCAGGAUCCAUUCUGGCAACGUCUUGAAGGUCCCAACCAGUACCCGAAAUACCCUGGCGCGCAAGCGCUAGUGGAGGAAUACAUUGCCAAAAUUGACGAGCUGGCCCAGAGCUUUGUCCAUCUCGUGGCAGAAUGCUUGGCCCUUCCAGCGGACACUUUUGACGACUUCAAAGGCCAAAUGAGCCGACUGAAGUUUGUCAAAUAUCCUCGGUCGGCACCGAACUCGCAAGGUGUCGGCCCCCAUAAGGACUCUGCUGGUCUAUUUACCUUCCUCUCCCAGGAUAAUACUGGCGGUCUGCAAGUUUUGAAUAAAAAUGGAGAAUGGGUUGAUGUUCCCCCUAUCGAGGGCAGUCUGGUGAUCAAUAUCCAGCAAGGAUUCGAGGCCAUCACUGGAGGUGUCUGCGCUGCCACCACCCAUCGCGUCAUUGCGCCAACCUCACAAACGCGAUACAGCAUUCCCUAUUUUCUAGGAGUCCGCCUGGACUUGACACUGAAAGAGCUCAAGGAGUCCGCUACUCAUAUUGUGCAUCAAAUUCCGGUGUCCGACGACCGGAGGAAGCGAGCAGUCGACGUUCCCAGUGAAUUUCUAUCCCCUCUAUACUCUUGCUUUGGCGAGGCACAUUUGCGAAAUCGUAUCCUCAGCCACCCUGAUGUGGGCCGACGCUGGUAUCCUGAGUUGCACGCAAAGUAUUCACAGCAUAUUUUGGAGUAG